GUUGUAGCAAAAAGGAGGUGUAGUUUUUGUUUAACCAUUUAAUUUGUUAUAAAAUACAAUAAUUAUGUCUAAUCCCUUUGGAGAACCUGAUGAAAGUGAUGUUGAAAUACUGGAAGGCUUUAUUUGUCCAAUAUGUCGCGAGGAUUUAAAAUCUUUAGAAUUUCUUACGGAUCAUUUCGAAAAAUCUCAUGCUGAAGAUGACGAUCUCAGGACAUUGUUUAAAGAAAUUUUUAGCAAAGCUAAAAAGAAAAUGAAUUUUGACUUGUCACGCAGCUUAGAGAAAAAUGUCACCAUCUCCAGCUCACGUUCUGGAGUAGAACCGACAGUACGGGAAACUAGCAAUGCACAUUCACGCAUGAAUGUUUUCAAUUUCAUGGAUCAUCAAGAAGUUGGUGUAGAACGACCACUAACUGAGUAUUUCCAAUCUGUUCGAAAUCCUCGCUUGGAACGCUAUGCGAGUGAAACAAAUAAAUUGAUUAUAAGACUACAUAAGCUUCUAAAGGAUAUGCCAUUGGAUGCCGUAUUAAGAAAACAACAUGAACAAAAUAUUGUUCCCUGGUUGGAUGGCAGCUCAGUUAAAUUGUGUCCAAACUGUGCCAAAAGUUUUCAUAUUGCCAGACGUCAACACCAUUGUCGUUUGUGUGGCAGUAUAAUGUGCCAUGAUUGUUCCAAAUUUUUACCCCUUGACACAGCAUUGGAGUUAGCCAGCCUCACAAUGACACACAGUGAACCCCUUAAACAAACUACGGAUGUAAGGAACGCCUCAAACUCAUCUAAUCCUCAACAAAGUGGUAUACGUUCCUGUGAUCACUGCCUAUGGCUUUUAGAGACACGACAGGAAAUGCACGAAAGCCGUACAUGUCGUCCACCGAUAACACACAUCUAUGCUGAUGUCCAGAAAUUGCGUAAAAACGUUAUGCCCGACAUAGAAAUGUAUUUGAAAAUUAUUGGCAGUCUUUAUGAAGGAGAAUCCAUAUUCACCCUAAACGAUGCCAGUGCGUUGCGCGGAAAAAUAGGACAAGUGGCCGAAGCUAUAGAUGUGCUUAGUAAACGUAUAUUGGCCAUAACAUGCGAACCGGGUACACGCGAAGAGAGUCUAAAGAAGGCCAUACGUUUAUCAUGUAUACAAUUGAUAAAAGAGAAAAUGCUAUCCCUGCCACCUUUACCAAAGGAGGAGGAAAUUCGAAAGAUACAAGAACGUAAGCGUAUGGAAACUGAAUUACGUAUAGCCACUGAACGAAGACAGGCAAUGGAAGCAUAUGAACGAUAUGGUUUGGCGGCGGGCUCUAGUUCUGAGAAUACAAGUUUAAGAAGUGGUGAUUAUGCACAAGGCUCCGAUUUACGUUCCUUGGAUAAUUGGACAGCUCAUCAAAUUAGUACAGCUGGUCUUGUGCAAACUGAUGAUCCCUUAGUAGAGCAAAUAAAUAUAAUCAAAGGUUACAUAAAGCAAGCCAGACAGGACAUGAACUUUGAUGUGGUUGAGACACUAGAAAUUAACUUAAGGGAACUGCAAAAAGAAUUUUAUCAACGCCAAAGAACUUUAAGUGUUAUGCAUAAUAAUAGUGCAACACAACAAAACGAUGAAAAAUUCACAUCGAAUCUAGAUACUAAAUAAAUUCCAAUCUAAAUAACCACAUUCCCCCCGAUUAACAAGUCAUAAAUUUUGUAUACCAAUAAGUGGAUUACAUGCAAUAUUAACGUAUGAUACUAUAAUUUCCAUAUACUUAUGUAUGUCUAUUAAAGUGGUCAGGGUCGAUCUUCUCAACUUGUUUGUAGUCUAUCAGCCCAAUUAUGAAUAAAAAAUUCCGCGGGAGUUUGGUCAACGGGAGUUUUUUACCAUUGAAUUUGAAUAGGAAAAAUGAGAAAAGGGGAAAAACACCCGGGGAAUUUUUAUUCAUAAUUGGGCUGUAUAUAAAAAGGACAUUUUUGAUUUCUUAGAAUUCUAAAACACCAUUUAUGGAUCCAAAAUAUAAUUAAAAAAAUUAUAUUUUGGAUGUAAAAUUUUCGAGAAAAUUUUGGAUAUGAUUGUACUUACUAGGAAAUUAUUUUCAUGCUAUUCAACAUAUCCUCGGAAUAACUUUUACAUUUUAUAUUAUACAUUUGAGUGAAAUAUAAGAAAAAUCUAAUAAACAUGAACAAUUUAAAUGUUAUACCCUCAGAUAUUACAGCUCACCCAACAUUUUGAAUAAUGGUAUUUUAAAAUAAAGUAAACUUUAAUUUUAGUUGCGAACAAAUACUAUUCCUUUCGGCUUCAUAAGAACGGGCCAUCCCAAUGUACAUGCAUGCAUAUUGGUUGAAUUAAUAUUUCCAAAAAUAAUAAAUUCAUUAUAUUAAACUUGAAAAAGGUAUUUACUUUAUUUUAUACCUUAUAAAAAUGUGCAAUUAUAUUGUAUGUUUAUACAUUUACUCUAAUAUUUAUUUAAUCAUUUAUUUUUUGUAAUAAAUGCUAUAAGUAAUAAUUUAAUAAAAAAAAACUGGACUUGUUUCAAAAUA